GUGUGUUGUGCAAGGGGGCCUCCCAUUUGAGAAGGCUCACAAGAAGGAAUUUUUUUAUUAUAACUCUGAGAAUCCUGAGUUUGAUCUUCUCUUUAAUGAUGCGAUGGCGAGCAAUUCGAGGGUGGUGUUAGAUGCAUUGCUGUUGGAGUACAAGUCUGAGUUUGCAGGAUUUUCUUCUUUGGUGGACGUGGCCGGUGGCACCGGAACGGCGAUAAGCAAGAUUGUGGAAGCGAAUCCUCAUAUCUCCGGCAUCAAUUUUGACCUGCCACAUGUGGUCGCCACUGCACCAAAAUACCCCGGGGUGGUUAAUGUCGGGGGUGAUAUGUUUUCUUCCAUCCCAAGUGCCGAUGGUGUUUUCAUGAAGUGGAUACUACAUGACUGGAAGGACGAAGACUGUGUGAAGAUAUUGAAGCAAUGUCGAAAAGCACUCCCUUCCAAGAGCGGGAAGUUGAUUAUUGUGGACGUAGUUCUGCAUCUUAAGGAAGAUACCAGUGCCUUUGCUGACUCGAG